AUGUGUUGUUUCCUUCGCUAUUGCAACUUCACGGAGGGAUAACCGAUGUAGAAGAAAGGAAACAGAAGGAGAUAUGCGACAAAAGAUACCGGAAAAAGGACAGAACAGACAAAGGGAAGAUGUCAGAGAUCGACUUGGAGAGGGAAGAAGAGUGUGGCAUUUGCUUGGAGGUUCGGAAUAAAGUUGUUCUUCCUACUUGCAAUCACUCCAUGUGUAUAAACUGCUACAGAAACUGGCGUGCACGGUCACAGUCGUGCCCGUUCUGUCGAGGCAGCUUGAAAAGGGUGAAUUCUGGUGAUCUAUGGAUUUACACUUCGAGCAAAGAGAUUGCGGAUAUACCAGCGAUUUACAAGGAGAAUCUGAAGAGGUUGUUCAUAUACAUUGACAAGUUGCCUCUCGUUGCUUCUGAUCCAAAUCUAGUCUCUUAUGCUCCUCUUGCUCGCUGAACAGUUCACUCUCUCUCUCUCUCUCUAUUUUUUUUCUAGUUAUGCACAUAGCAAUAUUACAUCAUCUCUUUGUGCCCCCCACUUUGUAUAUAACAACAUUUUAUGUGUUUUCUCUCUCUCUCUGUGCCUUAAGUUAUUUUUUAUUUAGCUCUCUACAGUCUCUGGUUUGGAUUUUGUGUAUAAACAAACCACCUUUGGUUAUCGACAUUGAUAGAUCUCAAUAUCACACAUUUGUUGAUUGGGUCUGCUUAA